UCUAAGAACAUUGCUUCUCUUCACCCCUUGGAUUUUCUUCUCUCUCUCUCUCUCACUCACUUUUCCGUUCUCUUCCUCAUACUUCCCCCGCAGCUAUAGCAACAAAAUCAAACUUUUCCGCUGCUUCCACAACAUACCACACAUUCAACCGUCACAACACACCCUACUGCCUCACCUUUCUGUUCCACAACCAUGUCUCAGACCAACUGGGAAGCUGAUAAGAUGUUAGAUGUUUAUAUCCAUGAUUACCUAGUCAAGAGGGAUUUGAAGGCUUCUGCUCAGGCUUUUCAAUCUGAGGGAAAAGUAUCCUCGGACCCUGUUGCCAUUGAUGCCCCCGGAGGUUUUCUGUUUGAGUGGUGGUCGGUUUUCUGGGACAUUUUUAUUGCCAGGACCAAUGAGAAGCACUCUGAGGUUGCUGCAUCGUAUAUAGAGACUCAACUACUUAAGGCAAGGGAACAACAGCAGCAGCAGCAACAGCCUCAAUCCCAGCAGUCACAGCAUCAACAACAACAGCAGCAAAUGCAGAUGCAACAACUCCUGAUGCAGAGGCAUGCACAGCAGCAACAACAGCAACAGCAACAACAGCAGCACCAGCAACAACAACAGCACCAGCAACAGCAACAGCAACAGCAACAGUCACAAUCGCAGCAGCAGCCGCAGCAACCACAACAACAGCAAAGUAGGGAUAGGGCUCAUCUCUUAAAUGGUAGUGCAAAUGGGUUAGUUGGAAACCCUGGAACUGCAAACGCAAUAGCAACAAAGAUGUACGAGGAAAGGUUAAAAGUUCCCCUUCAGAGGGAUUCGUUGGAUGAUGCGGCAAUGAAGCAAAGAUUUGGUGAGAACAUGGGUCAACUCUUGGACCCAAAUCAUCACGCCUCAAUAUUGAAGUCAGCUGCAGCUACUGGUCAGCCUACGGGCACCAAAUUCCAUGAUUUCAGGCAAGUUUUGCCUGGAGCUGCUGGUGGGAUGUCUCCACAAGUUCAAGCCCGUAGUCAGCAAAUACCAGGGUCUACACCGGAUAUGAAGAACGACAUGAAUCCUGUUUUAAAUCCCAGAGCUGCGGGUCCCGAUGGAUCAUUGUUGGCAAUUUCCGGAUCGAAUCAAGGGAGCAACAAUUUGACUUUGAAAGGGUGGCCACUCACGGGUUUGGAUCAACUUCGCUCUGGUCUACUCCAGCAGCAAAAGCCUUUCAUGCAGGCUCCUCAGCCUUUUCAUCAACUACAAAUGUUGACACCACAACAUCAGCAACAGCUUAUGCUUGCACAACAGAAUCUGGCAUCACCAUCCGCCAAUGAAGAAAGUAGAAGACUGAGAAUGCUAUUGAAUAAUAGGAAUAUUGGUCUAAAUAAGGAUGGUCUUUCGAACUCUGGGGGUGAUGUUGGAUUACCUCUUCAAGGUGUUGGCCCUCCUUUUCCUCGUGGAGAUACAGAUAUAUUAAUGAAGUUGAAAUUGGCUCAGUUGCAGCAGCAGCAACAUCAACAACAGUCUAACAUGAAUGCACAGCAGCAGCAACUUCAACAGCAUGCUCUUUCAAAUCAGCAAUCUCAGAGUUCAAAUCAUAGCAUACACCAGCAAGAUAAAGUAGGGGCAGGAAAUGAUAGCAUGUCAAACUCAUAUAGAGGAAAUGAUCAGGUCUCAAAAAACCAGAUUGGAAGAAAGAGAAAGCAGCCUGUAUCUUCUUCAGGUCCUGCCAACAGUUCAGGAACAGCAAAUACGACAGGCCCAUCACCAAGUUCUGCACCCUCGACUCCCUCAACUCAUACUCCUGGAGAUGCUAUGUCAAUGCCUGCCUUGCCUCAUAGUGGCAGUUCAUCAAAGCCUUUAAUGAUGUUUGGUACUGAUGGCACUGGAACUCUUACAUCAUCUUCAAACCAGUUGUGGGAUGAUAAGGAUCUUGAAUUGCAGGCUGAUGUGGAUCGCUUUGUGGAGGAUGGAUCUCUCGAGGAAAAUGUAGAGUCUUUUUUAUCCCAAGAUGAUACAGACCCUAGAGAUCCUGUUGGCCGUUGUAUGGAUGUAAGCAAAGGGUUCACAUUUUCUGAUGUAAACUCUGUACGUGCAAGUACAAGCAAAGUUGCCUGUUGCCAUUUCUCGUCUGAUGGAAAAUUACUUGCAAGUGGCGGUCAUGACAAAAAGGCUGUUAUAUGGUACACUGAUUCUCUAAAGCAAAAAGCUACUCUUGAAGAGCAUUCUUCUUUGAUAACUGAUGUCCGAUUCAGUCCAAGCAUGCCGCGUCUAGCAACAUCUUCAUUUGACAAAACUGUCAGGGUUUGGGAUGUUGAGAAUCCUGGAUAUUCACUCCGCACCUUUACGGGACAUUCUACAUCCGUUAUGUCGCUAGAUUUUCAUCCAAAUAAAGAUGAUCUUAUCUGCUCUUGUGAUGGUGAUGGUGAGAUACGAUAUUGGAGCAUAAACAAUGGCAGUUGUACUAGAGUCUCCAAGGGUGGCACUACCCAAAUGAGAUUUCAACCUCGCCUAGGGAGGUACCUUGCUGCAGCUGCUGAGAACAUUGUGUCUAUACUUGACGUGGAGACACAGGCAUGCCGGUAUUCAUUAAAGGGUCACACAAAGACAAUAGAUUCUGUAUGUUGGGAUCCAUCUGGAGAAUUGUUGGCAUCUGUGAGUGAGGACUCUGUAAGAAUUUGGACUCUUGGAACAGGAAGUGAAGGGGAAUGUGUUCAUGAGCUUAGCUGUAAUGGCAGCAAGUUUCACUCAUGUGUUUUCCAUCCAACAUAUCCUUCAUUGUUGGUCAUUGGCUGUUACCAGUCAUUGGAGCUGUGGAACAUGGCUGAGAACAAGACAAUGACUUUGUCUGCUCAUGAUGGUUUGAUUACUGCCUUGUCUGUUUCAACUGUAAAUGGUUUGGUUGCUUCUGCUAGUCAUGACAAGUUCAUCAAGCUAUGGAAGUAACAUGAGGUAUAUUGUGUCUCCAAUUGACGAUACUCGUGAUACACUUAGGUUUUUGUCAGUGUUUGAUCACACGUUCUGUAGUUACUAACCUGUUGUGAUGCAAUGAAAUGUAUUAGUCUACCAUGCUGUCACACCUUGUAGUUAGUGAAGCACUUACUUGGAUGUUUAUCAUCUAUUUUUGUGACACAUUUAUCUUUUAGCUGUACAAUUUCUUUAUAUUUGGUUCCAUAUGUUGAAAGAUUGUCUAACAACUAAUCCAACUCUGUCAAUUUUUUUUCUCUUUCUAUUUACAAUAUUCGAACU